AUGCCUCUUCAUGGUGCUGGCGGUCGUCCAUCUAAAGAAUCAGAAGAGUAUAAAGAUGAGAUUCUUGAUCAAGUUCAUACAAAGCAAUGGAAACAGCAGGAGAUUGUUACCUGGCUGGCAGAUAACAAAGAUCUAAAGAUCAAUGCUCGUACGCUCCAACGUCGAUUAAAAGAAUGGAGAUCUCACCAGCAAGAUCGUACGGAAGACUCCGAGCAAUUACGAAAUCGGAUUCAGUACUUGUUCUGGCUGAAGGCUGAAGGCUUUCAAGUCACACCUCGAGGCCUCAUACGAAUCAGAAAAGAGCUCGGCUUCAAGCGACUAGAACAGAGUCAAGAAAAGAGAGAGCAUAUGGAUGAAGUCGUACGAAGGUUGAUUGAGCAGAAGCUUGGCAAGAAUGUAAUUCAGAGCUACGGACGAGGGCAAUUGGUGGAGCAUUUCCGGAAACUAGGACAUCCAGUUGCAAGAGAUCGUCUCUUUGCCCAGUAUCGUACGAUUCUUCCCGAUGCUGUUGAUCGACGACUUCGGGAUGUGCAGCGGAAGAGAGGUGAAUACGUCGGUCCUGGUCCAAAUCUGGUAUGGUCUGUGGAUGGUCAUGAUAAGCUUUCAGAGUAUGGCAUCGAGAUCUACGGCGGGAUAGACGACCAUGCCCGGUAUAUCCCAUGGCUUACUGUGGAUGUUACCAAUCGUACGGCUAUUAGUGUUCUACGAGGAUUUCUAGACUGCAUUUCCGUGCUUGGACAACAGCCUCGAUUCGUACGAUCCGAGCGUGGGGGCGAGACUGUUCUAAUGGCGCAGGCGCAUCUUACUCUGCAACAGGCAUACGAUCCGGAAAUGGCUUUUCAAGAGCGUUACAUGUACGGGACAAGUACUUCCAACCAACGAAUUGAGUCUUGGUCGGCUCAACUAACUAAAUGCCUUCUUGAAAAGUGGAUAAGCUUCUUUGGUACGCUUAGAGGAACUGGAAAGUAUUCCAAAGACGUUCUGGCCGAUCGAGUUGCAAUCCUUGCAAUCUACUUUCCUACUAUUCGUACGGAAGUCACACACUUCGUGGAUAAUUGGAACACACAUACAAUACGCAAGCAGCCUCAUCGUCCGAAGUCCGUGCAGGGAAAGCCAUACACCCUCUUCUAUCAUCCUGCAGAUGGUAUUAGAAAUUAUGGACUUGGUUUACAUGAACCAACUCUUACGCAACUACGUCGUGACGUAGGAGACUGGGAUCCAGACGAGUAUCUUCCAUCCUUUACACUCGGAUGGUGUAAUGCUUUUCUCCGUCAUCGAGGAUUUGAUCCGUACUCACCGCCCGCUAUUCCCCCACAUGAGUGUCAAUCGCCGUGGCUAGAUCAUUAUCUAGCUCUUCGUACGGCAGUAAGUAAUUACGAGAUCGAAGGACAUGAACCUCGACUUGGAUUAGUUCCAAGACCGGAGGGUGCAUUACAGUGGGCUGGACCAGAUCCACGACCAUUAGAAGGCGUACGAGAAUUGGACUUCCAAGGAGAUGGUGCAGAUGAAGGUUUUGCGAACUGGCGACAAGAAGUCGGUAAUAUCCUGUAG